GGAGAGGACUGUGGAGGAGCAGAACCAGAGAGAGACUCAGAUCCAGAGAGACGUUUACAACCAGAGACUGAGGUCGAGAUUGAAGACUCUGAUGAAUCUGAGACUGAUGACAGUGAUGAUUGGCAAGAGACAAGAGAAGAUCUGUCAGAAUUAAACUUGAAAAAUCAGAAACUAAAGACUGUUAAGAGACCACAUAGUUGCUUGGAGUGCGGUAAAAGAUUUAACCAAGAAGAGAAUUUGACCAGUCACAUGAUGAUUCACACUGGAGAAAAACCCUUCAGCUGCUCUCAAUGUGAGAAAAGAUUUACCGCUAAGUCUAGUUUGACAUAUCACAUGGCAAAUCACAGAGGAGAGAAACCCUUCAGCUGCCUUCAUUGCGGUAAAAGAUUUUCCCAAAAUGGAAAUCUGACCAGACACAUGUUAGUUCAUACAGCAGAGAAACCCUUCAGUUGCUCUGUUUGCAGUAAAAGUUUUAUCCGUAGAGGAAGUCUGGCCACACACAUGUUAGUUCAUAAAGGAGAUAAACCCUUCAGCUGCUCUGAGUGUGGUAAACUGUUUACCGAAAGACGAAGUCUGACCACACACAUGUUAGUGCACACUGGAGAGAAACCCUUCAGCUGCUCUCAGUGUGAGAAACGAUUUACCCAUAAGUGUAAUUUGACAUAUCACAUGGCCAAUCACAGAGGGGAGAACCCCUUUAGCUGCCUUGUGUGCAGUAAAAGAUUUAGCAAUAGAGCACAUCUGAACACACACAUGUUAGUUCACACACGAGAGAAACCCUUCAGCUGCUCUGCUUGCAGUAAAAGUUUUACCCAUAGAGGAAGUCUGACCACACACAUGUUAGUUCACACAGGAGAGAAAUCCUUCACCUGCCUUCAGUGUGAGAAAAGGUUUACCAGUAAGUCUGGUUUGACAUAUCACAUGGCAAAUCACACAGGAGAGAAACCCUUCAGCUGUCUUGAGUGUGAUGAAAUGUUUUACCUGCAGGGAAGUCUGACUAGACACAUGUUGGGUCAUACAGGAGAGAAACCCUUCAGCUGCUCUGAGUGUGGUAGAAGGUUUAGUUCUGAGGGAAAUCUGACCAGUCACAUGAUGAUUCACACUAGAGAUGAAUGCUAAUCUUUUGCAAUGGUAAAGGUAAUCCAAAUGAAUCCAAGUUAACAUCAUCACUGUGUAUUCAUAAGUAUGUAUUGAUUAACAGAUAUAUAAGUAAGUUGGGAGCAGCUAUGACGUUUGAAUGUUAAGUGUUUA